AUGGAUGACAACUUCACCACCCAAGUGAUAGAGGAUCCCAUGAGGACAGGUGUUCUGCUGGACCUCAUAGGUAUCAAGAAGGAAGAGCUUGUUGUGGAUGUGAAGAUCAAAGGCAGCCUGGGUUGCAGUGACCGUGAAAUGGUGGAGUUCAUGAUCCCAAGGGGACUGAGGAGGAAGCUACCUCUGGGCCCAGGGCAGGUCAGGGCCACCAUAAAAGCCAGCCCAACUCCUUGUUCUCCCAUCCACUUCUCUCUCCUCCUUCUCCUUGGGAACCAGGUGCGUCUGCAGCAGACAAGAGUCAUGUCCUGCUAUGACCAGUGUCAGCCCUGCCAACCCUGCCGGCCCUGUGGCCCGACCCCACUGGCCAACAGCUGCAAUGAGCCCUGUGUCAGGCAGUGCCAGAACUCCACCGUUGUCAUCCAGCCCUCUCCCGUGGUGGUGACCCUGCCUGGCCCCAUCCUCAGCUCCUUCCCACAGAACACCGUUGUGGGAUCCUCCACCUCUGCUGCCGUUGGCAGCAUCCUCAGCUGUGAUGGAGUGCCCAUCAUCUCUGGGUUCUGUGACCUCUCUGGCAUUUCCAGCCGCUACUAUGGCAGAAGGUGUCCCCCCUGCUAA